AUGCGUCCAUACCCGAGCGUCCUUAUUAUUCUCCUCUGCAUUGCGGGGGCUACUGUCGCGACAACAUCGGCACUAUCCGCGGAAGCUGCGACGGCAACGACUCGGCCCAGCGAAGAACGCCCGCCCGCGGCGCAACCUACGCCCGAGUUAGUGCAGUCACUGAAAAGCGUAGUGGACGACUUCCUGGGUAACCCGCGUAGCCCUCUGGCAAGGAGGCUGAUCGGUGCGAAAGUCUCCUCCGGCUGCAGCGUGGGCCUCAUGAAGCUGCUGCGGGCUCUCAGGAACAUGGAGCCCUGGGCGUACAGGCUGUUAGAUGCCUCAGGAAAGUAUCCCACUGGGCUAUUCCAAGGCACUCUUUCAGACGUGGGAGCUUUCGACGAGUGCAUCGAGACGGUAGUGCGGGAUUUCUAUGGUAGAGAAACAGCACGAGCCCACUACUGCAACGUGUACCUGGAUAGCAACGUCACUGAUGUGCUCCGGUACCUGACUCCUGCCAUCACAAUGUCCCACCCUAGGGCCAUCGAUUUUGCCUUAGAAAGUGGAAACAACAAGUUCGUCGAAGGCGUACGCAUUGGAUUUUGCUUCAUUAGCGACUGCACUGAAACCGAUAUUCAAAGCCUUCUGGAUGCACUGGUGCAAGGAACGAUAAAUCUCGCCGUGACGGACUGUGUAACCAACCUCAAGCCUCCGAUGACCAAGACGCAAAGUUCGAUCGUGGCCGCCCUAGGAGUCCUUGCAGUGGGCAUCUGCCUGAGCACCGCCGUUGACCUUUAUCUGAGACGCACCAAUGCGAACCAGAAUCUUAUUACCAAACUUUUGACAGCAUUCUCUCUGCGAGCAAGCUUACAUACUCUGCUCACUGGGGUAAAGGACCAAGAAAGUGAUGCCUACAUGUACAGAUUCUUUCAUGGUCUGCGAUGUUUCAGCAUGUUUAUGAUAGUCUUCGGUCAUUCGUACAACAUAUUCGAUUUCAUCAAUACCUCCCGCAUGGUGAAUGCUCUGCAUUAUGCCGACAACGUCAGUUUUUCUCUUGUUAUGACUGGGUACUUGAGCGUAGACGUUUUCUUCUUUCUGAGUGGCUUUCUUCUCGCUUACAAUAUUGAACCAAAGCGUGACAACAGACUACUGACAGGACUCAUUGCCAUCGUACGGCGUCAUAUCAGGACAACAGCCCCUGUUCUUUUUGCCAUGGUGUGUUGCUUAUUGGUGCCACAAGUCGCAUCCGGCCCUAAUCUGAAGCCACUCAUGGAAAAGUUUUACUAUGAAUUUCGUAAUCAAUGGUGCCAUAUUUUGCUACAAAUACGGAACCUAUACAGCGAAACUGAAAUUGGAAUGUUCGGCCACCUGUGGUUCAUUUCAGCAGACUUCCAGUUAUUUCUUUUGGCUUUGCCUACUAUCCUCAUACUUAAAAAAUACUACUGGGCCUUAAUCGCUGCUUUUUUCAGCUUCAGUCUGCUGUGUUGCUCAGUGACAGCAUGGCAAGUGUACAAUACACCUUGCCCUCCUUUUAUGACUCCGAUUGUGGCAGACAUCAGCAUCGUCCUUGACACAUUGAACUACGUGUACGUUUUGCCCUUUUAUCAUGGGAUGUGCUACUUCUCAGGAUGUGUGACGUACUUGUUGCUGAAGAAAUAUGGGCAAGUGAAGAUAUCACAGACGAAGCAGGUUGGAAUGUGGUGCCUGACGCUUACCUGUGCCCUCGCAACUUUGUUCCUAAAAUAUGACUGGAACCGUGGACAUGGUCCCCGCGGGGAAUGGAUAAAAGUUCCGCUAGCGUUCAUCGACAGGUUGAUGUGGUCGUUUUGCAUCGGCUGGACAGUAUUCGCUUGCUCAACGAGAAGAGGAGGUCUCCUCUGGAGUUUCCUCUCUCGGAGAGUAUUCGUUCCACUGAGUCGCCUAUGCUUUGGAAUAUAUAUCGUUCAUGUACCGCUGUUUUUUAUCAAGUCAAACAUAGCCCGAGAGCGGAUAUUCUAUUCGCACUUUACCUUGGUGCUGCAAACAUUUGCUGUGUUUGUGGCAUCGUCGCUUCUAAGCCUGGCGAUGUAUCUUGCCUGCGAAGCACCAGUGGGCCGUCUCGAGAAGAUGUUUUUGAUGUCAAAUCGCACCGAAGAAAAAGCUCACCACAUUUGUGCAGGAAAACAAAUCAACGUUAUGCGAAAACUUCCCUGCACAAUAAAGGACACGGAGAGCGGGCACACGAAGGAACUAAAACAGAACAUUAAACAAUACUCGAGUCAUUUGUAA